UUGGAGACCUCUCAACGUCAGAUAUGCGCAAAUGUGGGAUGGACAACAGCGAGGCAACUUAAGUGGCUUGCUUCCCUGUCCUCCACACUCUCUGUCAGACACGACUGGUGUGAGGGUAGAAAUUCAGCAGGAAACACUGCACUCAGGUCUGCUCACCGAUGCCAAGAUGGCAACUGGGCCUUUGAAACUGGGCUGUUUCCUCUUGCUCUGCCUCCUCUCCCAGGAGGCCCUGAGCGCCUGUAUGACCAGCAGCGCCAGCCAGUGCCAGAACGCUGGCUUCGUGCCGGGGGCCCGGUUGGCGGGGCUGGGCUACGAUGUGGUGACCCUGCAGAACAAGGCCACCUUUGUGAUCGACGUGAACGCCUGGCGCUCGGCCAACGGGACCUGCACCCUCUGCCAGAACAGGCACCUCGGUAACGCCAACCAGCUGCUGCCCAUCUCGCUGGUGGACUGGCACACCCUCAGCUCCUGUCCCCCCUCGCUGUCCAGCCAGCUCUACCGCUCGACGGCUGAGCUGGCAAAGUCCGUCACCACCGCCGUCAGCAAUGACUGGCGGGGGGACAUGUUCUUCCGGACCCAGUCAGGCAGCUCUAACAUGGUGCUGGCUGGCUCCAAGUCCAGGCUGGUGGAGUUUAGCACCAGCCACUCCAGGCGCGACCAUCACAGUUUCACCAGUCAUCAGUUCCAGUGCACCUACUACCAGUAUCGGGUGAAGGACCAGCCUCUCCUGGCACCAGAGUUCGCCCGCUCCCUUUCCAGCCUCCCAACCGUCAUGAAUGACCGUAACAAGCACCUGUACAGGAGACUGGUAGCCACCUACGGCACCCACUUCCUCAAGUCGGUGCAGCUGGGCGGUCGCUACAAGGACGUCACAGCUAUUCAGACAUGUAAGGCAGUGUCUCAGGGCUAUAGCAUCGAGGAGGUUAAGGACUGCCUAUCUCUAGAGGCCAAAGAGACGAGAGGGCUGCAGGCACAGGUCUCAGUGAAUGCUAGUCAGUGCCAGAAGUUGGCGCGCUCCAUGGGGCACUACAACAAGGUCUACCAGGCCUUCAGCGACCGGGACACGGAGGUGACGGGGGGCCGGGUUCACCAGGGGGUUGACCUCUUCUUCUCUGGCGAUGGCUCGGCCUUCAGCCGCUGGACGGUGAGCCUGCUCACCCGCCCGGGCCUUGUGCGCUACGCGCUGGCGCCGCUCCACCACCUGCUGCCCGCUGGCAACCCCAAGCGGAAGAACCUGCGGCGCUACAUCAGCGACUACAUCAGGGGCAACGCCCUCAACCAGAAAUGUGGGGCGGGCCAUCGGUGCCCUCACGGGUCCUACCCCGACCCACGCCAACGCUGCUCCUGCCUGUGCCGCGAGGACAAUUACGUGGACCGGAACUGCUGCCCCAAAGGGAAGGGGUUCGGCCGCCUGGUGGUCACUAUCAAGGAUGGCUGGGACCUCUGGGGUGAUGUCUUCUCAGGCACCGACGGCUAUGUGGUGGUCAAGUACGGCCAAACGGAAGACAGGACCUCCAUUGUCUCAAACAACAACAAUCCCACCUGGAACGCUCACCUGGACAUGGGACAGGUCAGGGCCGGGGGUGACCUUAUCAUCGAGGUCUGGGACCGGGACGUCAUCAAACGCGAUGACCUCCUGGGCAAGUGCUACGCCCUCGUGACCUCCGGGACCCACAGGAAGACCUGCUACCUCGACUACGGCAAGGUGACCUACAGUUACACUUUCACCUGUGGCCCCUACCUGAGCGGUCCCAACUGCCAAGCCUACGUGCCCAACCCUGGCAGCACGCUGUUCACUCCGUACUUGGGAACCAGCAACGACACCCUCCACCUCGACACAAUCCUGUCCAAACCCACUGUACCAGCCUUCCCAGGGAUCUACUUCCCCUGACCGCACCUUGCUCUGCCCCGAAUCAUUGGCUACAUGUGCCAUAACCCUCAGUCGAUGGGGGGACGCUCCGCGCCGUUAAAAUGAAACGCUUUGAAGCUUUAUCCAAGCACGUAAUCUGCGCAAUACUCUCAGAUGUGCAGCGACAGGCAUCAAAACCGAAGCAUUAGUGUAAUCUUACACUUUUUUCAAUAAAUCCAACUCUUUGCCAUUUA